AUGCUUCUCCAUGUUCCUCUAUGUGACUCUGCUCUCGCUGUGACAGAGGGAGAUGCCGUCUUCAUCACCAAACUGUCGGACUUUACCGCUGUGGAGAAGGACGAGGUGUCGCUGCAGUGUGAGCUCAGCAAAGACGUCCCUGUGGUCUGGUACCGGGACCAGGUGGAGCUGACUCAGUCCAAGAGCCUGGCCCUCAAAAGCGAAGGAACCAAGAGAUUCAUGGUCCUCAAGAAGGUCGAGAUGUCCGAUCAAGGAGAGUACUGCUGCGACUGUGGCACCGACAAGACUAAGGCCAAACUCAGUGUGGAGGGGCGGGACGUGAAGGUAGUGCGUCCGAUCUACGGCGUGGAGCUGUGCGAUGGAGAAACAGCUCGUUUUGAGGCUGAGGUUUCGGCUGAAGACGUCCAAGCUCAAUGGAAGCUGAACGGAAAUCUGCUCAGCGCCUCCUCCGACGUGGACAUCAUCGAGGAAGGUUCCAAACACACUCUGAUCCUUUACAACUGCAGAGUGUCCAUGGCCGGAGAGGUGUCCUUCAGCGCUGCCAGCGCUAAGUGUGCGGCCAACCUGAAGGUCAAAGAGUUGCCAAUGAACUUCCUGACGUCCCUCAGUGACGUGCAGGUGUAUGAGAAGGACGAGGCCCGGUUCGAGGUGGAGGUCUCCCGAGUCCCUAAGACCUUCCGAUGGCUCAAGGGCUCGGCUGAAGUGACGAACGACGACAAGUUUGAGGCCGUUCAGGAAGGAAACCUGUUCGUGCUGAGGGUGAAGUCUGCGGCCUACGAAGACGAGGCCAAGUACAUGUUUGAGGCAGAGGACAAGAGGACGACCGGCAAGCUGGUUAUCCAAGGAAUCCGGCUGGAGUUUGUGAAGCCGAUAAAAGAUGUGACGGUGAAGGAGAGGGAGACGGCAGAGUUCUCGGUGGAGUUGUCUCAUGAUAAGAUCUCGGUGGUUUGGUACAAGAACGACGUCCGGCUGCAUCCGUCCAAAGUGGUGCACAUGUCCGACCAGGGGCGAGUCCACACGCUGGCCAUCAAGGAGGCCACCAUCGACGACACCUCCAUGAUCCGAGUGGAGGCCAUGGACAAGAGCCUGACCGCCAUGCUCACCGUCAUCGACCUGUUUGUGGUUCAUGACUGA